UAAUAUAUUACUUAAAACAGUAUUAAGCUUAAAAUGCAUGACAAAAUCACAAGUCAAUCGGUAUAAUUAAUAUCUAACGCCUCGGGAGCACUAGUUAGCUUUUACUUUUUCUUUUUUAACAAAAGAAAACAGAGAGAAAAGGAAGCCGAUUUCAGACAGCAAGACAGGACAUGAAUUGCAACGUAGUACUCCGUAAGUGAUGAUGGUUUGAUAUGAGAGUAAGAGAGGAGGGAAUCCCGAGGUUUUUGUUUGGUUUCAACAUAAUAAAAUGAAGCAGCCAAAUAGAGUACACGUAUACACAGUCCAAGUGUGGAACUGGAUACUCUACUCAGUCUACUGGUGUGCAUUGUGAGGUUAUCAAAGUUUGAAAAAUGGAAGAAAGUGGUAAGACAAAGAUGACACCAACAGCGAGAAGAACAGCUACUACUAGAAUUGAUAUGGGCCGAGUCAAGGUUGGCCGUGCUACUGUCAAUGGCGUCAAUCAACCAGGAAUGAGUCCGAAGCCCCUGGGGGCAAAGCGAAAAGUCUGGAAUUCAACUUCCACUACUGCAGUCGUCAUUGCGAAACAGCAGCAGCAGCAGCGGCACCAGCAGCAGGGACUAGAGAUCAGUCCCAUUUCUGAUCCUACAAGUGCUGUUUCUAAUUCCAAUCACGAUAUUAGAUCUCCGACUCAGGUGCUCAAGAAGACGAGAUCUGAACCACUCAAGGAGGUCAGCUCAACCAAUGAGACUCAAUUGAUCAAGGGUAAUUCCGAGAAUUGGGAUCGUAUCACCAACUCCAACUCUCCCAAUCGAAGCCCCACAAGCAAUAAUGUAGCAGCUCAUUCUUCCAACAUGAACCCCAAAUUGACCCUUUGUGAUUCAGAUCAACAUGAUCUGCUAGAUAAUAAUGUAAACGAUUCCGAUAAUACCCAAGAUCAGGAUGUUAUGACUACCUUUGUAAAUACUUGUGGUACAGAGGAGGUGAAGAUGGAGGCGGUUCAAGUAAGUCCCAAAGAAAAGAUAAUCAAUACUAGUAGUGAUCAUGUGGAUGAUCAUAAACUUGAUGUUAAACACGAAGAAAAGAAUGAGCUUGUUGACAGUAGUCAUGACAAACAUUCAGAAACACAUGAUCAAGGCAGUAGUGAUGAUAAACUGAUUCAACUUGAUCUUUCUAAGAAAAGCCCCCUGAAAAACAAGACUAAGAAGGAGCUAAGUCCAUCUGCUACCAACAGCAGUGUAGGCCUUAGUACAGGCGCUAAGUCAAUUCCAAGCCCCCACCCUUCAACCACGACUCCAACAUCGACUCCAACUUCAACAACAGCCUGCUGCAAACCCCUUUCACCCCGAUCAAAAUCGACUCUCAGUGCCCCAACUUCAACUACUACGCGAGAGGACUUAAAUGAAUAUGAUACUUCCACAAUCCCUGAAACACAUAGCAAGCUUCAGACUUUAGUGGAUUUGGUAAUGUGGAGAGAUGUAGCCAAAUCAGCAUUCAUUUUUGGCUUCGGAACCUUCAUUAUAAUCUCAUCCUCCUAUGCAAAAGACUUCAAUUUCAGCCUCAUUUCAGCUGGCUCCUAUAUAAGUCUUGUCUAUCUCGUCGUUGUGUUCUUAUACAAGUCAUUUAUGAGAAGAGGACUUAUGGAUAGAGAAGAUUGGCGGCGUGAAAACUAUGUCAUGGGAGAAGAAGAAGCAGUUUGGCUUGUAAAGCUGGUUCUUCCUUAUCUGAAUGAAUUUCUUCUCAAGCUAAGAGGAUUUUUUUCUGGAGAUCCUGCCGUUACAAUGAAGUUGGCAGUGGUGUUAUUUGUCUUGGCAAGGUGCGGCAGCUCCAUCACUGUUUGGAAGAUGUUGAAGUUGAGCUUUUUUGGAGUUUUCGUCAUUCCCAAACUUUGUUCUUCCUAUUCUACUCAGAUUACUGCACACGCCAAGUUUUGGGUUGGGCGUUUCCGAGAUGCCUGGGAGUCAUGCUCACAUAAAAAAGCUCUAGCAUUCGCUGUCUUCACCAUCAUCUGGAAUUUUUCUUCGGUAGUUGCUCGUGCAUGGGCAGCCUUCAUGUUGUUUGUGGCUUUUCGAUACUAUCAGCAAUCUUUGAUCAGUGAUGAUUUUGUGGAGGUCAAGGAGCAGACUGGAUUACACGCACACAAUGUUCAGAGAAGACAACAUUUAGCAAGACAAAGACGCAGAAUCGCAACUUCAUUAGAUCAAGAGAAACAAAAGAAGAACUUCUGAUCUAACUCGCACAAAUCCAAGUAACUUAGAAAAGAUAGAUGGUUUGUGAGAGUAAAUGAAGUUGAACAUGCACACUUUAUACAGAUAUAGUUAAUUAGUUAGCUUUACCAGCCCAUUUCUAGCUUCAAUAUUGUUAACACCCCUCAACAAAAUUAUGAUGUAAAUGUACGUGCACAGUGCGCUAUCUGGUUUUAAUAAAGGUACUGGCUGUUUUUGUCAUUCA